GACUAUGAGACAAACAGGCAGGAGUGUCCUCCAGCAUUACAGCCAGUUUACCAGUCAGCUCCUGCAGUCUGGUCCAUAGACCUCUCAGAGAGAAAGGCCUCCCUCCUCCUAGAAGUGCUGAAACUCCAACCAGAGAAGAAACCAGUACAGCUGAAGGACUGGUCAGAUGAAGAGAGUGAAGUGAGGAGUUUCCUUCAGUGUCUGUCCUACAUCUCACAGCUGAGUUUCUGUCCACGGAGGUCUGAUCCCUCAAAGCGGAUCAAGUUCCUGGUGGAUCUCCUGUCUCAAGCAGCAGAGUGGGAGGAGCAGACAGGAGAGAAGACACUGAAGCUGGUAUCAUCAGUGUGGACUUACAGCACCUUUCCUUUUCCCAAUGGAGACAAUUCUGAACAGAGUGAUUUCCUGCUGGAUCUGUACUCACAUUUGAAGGACUAUGAGACUCGAACAGGCAGGAGUGUCCUUCCAGCAUUACAGCCAGUUUACCAGUCAGCCAAUCCUGCAGUCUGGUCUAUAGACCUCUCAGAGAGAAAGGCCUCCCUCCUCCUAGAGGUGCUGAAACUCCAAACAGAGAAGAAACCAGUAGAGCUGAAGGGCUGGUCAGAUGAAGAGAGUGAAGUGAGGAGUUUCCUUCAGUGUCUGCCCUAUAUCUCACAGCUGAGGUGAGUCUGAACAUGUGUGGUGGUU